AAAACACCCGGCAAGUAAACCAAUUUUACGGAUUUUCAUCUCUGGCUUCCAGACUCCGUACUCCGUACUCCGUUCUCCGAGAAGUAUGCAAUGAAUUUCGCCUGCAGUCGCUGGUGCUCCAUUUAAAGGAUAUUCCAUGCCGUGCUGCUGGCUGAAUAAGUAGCGCCGAGGAAAACGGUUACGGAAUGGAUGCGCGCCGGCAGAAACGACUUGGCCCAGCGCCAAUUGCAUCCUUCGAAAAGUCAUUCGAGGACAAUGCCACGACAAAUGCACAGCACCAGAGCCAACACCAGCAGGAGCAACAGCAUCCUGGCCAUGUGGCGAUGAUGGAGCAAAGUGUGCGAAACCAAACAACGAUGUCGACGACGGCCAAUCGGAAUAGAACCGCCGGCGGCAUAGAAGCACCCAGCAUAGCCGCUGCAUCUGGACCCGUCAAUGCUGGUGCAAGUGCAACUGCUUCCGCAGCAUCCGCAACAUCCGCCUCCUCAUCCUCCUCGUCAUCGGUUUCAUCGGCCACUUGCUCGGCAACAAUUGUCCAGGCGAAACAGCGACCGCCGCCCCUUAAAACGGCGACGACAACGGUGACCACCACUCUGGUGAGCAGCAGCGAGGGCGGUCAGCCCCUGCCACCCACCGCCCACUCGGGGUCCGGUGGUCCAGGCGGUGCAGGGGUGGGGAGUGGUGCCAGCUAUCGCGGCACCGCCACCCUGACCACGCCCUCAACGCCCCGCAUCGAGCUUAGUCGCGCCUCCAGUUCGUCGCAUCACGAGGAGGACAGCCGGGAAAGCAGUCCGGAAAAUGUAUUCGACCAGGUCGGAACUGGCACCCUACAGGAAACGAUUGGCCUUGGCUUUCGGGAGGAGGGUGCCCUCGAGCUACGCAGCUCCACCGAGGAGCUGUACUUCAUGGAUCCCGAGCAGAAGAAGGAGGAGCAGGAGCGGAUCCAGCAGCAGCAGCAGCAGGCCAAGCGCUCGUCGCCGCACAUCUUCAAGUUCGACGACCACCAGAGUUACCUGCAGCAGCACCAGCGCAAGGAUUCGGCCAGCUCGGAGGUAGCUGCGCUGCUCUGCAUCUCGGGUCGCACCAGUCGCAUCUCGAGCGUGGGCAGUCAGGGAUCGGCGGUGAGUCGCCUCUCGGCGAUAUCGGGUGUCUCGCGUUCUCCCUCGCCGCAUCGCAUGCUGCUGGAGACCUCGUUCUGUGGCCCCAAACCGGUGGAGCUGGGCGGUGCCAGUGGUGGCGGUGGCGGUGGAGGUGUUGCUGGUGCUGGUGGUAGUGGUGCCUCCACCGCGGCCAGUUCGGCCCACAGUCGGGCGGAGGGAAUGCCAGGUGCUGGCACGGUGGCUGCCAAUGCGGCCCUGCUCGAGCAACUGCUCUUGGCCCGCAAACAUGAUCCCACCCAGGCUGUCCUGGCCGAGGGCAUCAAGGUCCUGCCACCCGCGCCAACGGGUUCCGGCUCGGCGAGCACCUCGAGUCGCGGCCGGAGCAGACAGAUGGCCAAUGGCCAGGAUCGGAUAGAGAAGGAUGUGCCGAAGAUGAAACAGACAAUUGGCGCCCAACGUAGGGGCAACAAGAGUCCGGGUCAAAUGGUUGUGGGCAAGACGGCCAGCGGCACGGAGUACAUACGGAUUAAUCUGCGACCGGAUCACAUGUACAGUGACAAGGGUAUAGCCUCCAAUGAGCGCGUGGUGGAGGCACCCAACCAGCUGGCACCGGUCUACUCCAAGCCCGCCUCCCUCAGUCUGCAACAGGCAACAGGUGGUCCCAUCGAGGAGAUCCAUCGCCUAACCCCCACGGCCAGUCCCAAGCCGGGCAAGCGAUUGACCAGCCGUUCGCCCUCACCCGCAACUGGAGGAGCUGGCGGAGCAGGUGGCACCGUUUCCCGCAAGAGCUCCUUCAGCUCCCUCUUCCGUUUGGGCAAGGACUCACCGGAUUCACCAAGGGAAACGGCUCGCUCGCGUAGCAAAAGUAAAGAGCGACCCGCCACGGCCUCAGGCGGAUUGGGUGGCGAGCGAGGCGGAGGCGCUAGUGUUGGUGGCGGUGGCGGUGGUGGUGGCUCCCAGAAUGUAACGCCCAGCAAGCAGAAAUCGGUGUUGGCCAUCUUCAGGCCCGGCAAGCGGGGCAGUCAGAGCAGCAAGAGCUCAUCGCCCAUAGAGUGUAGUGCGGAGCCCGUGCCGCCGCCACCACCACCUGCUCCCGGAUCAUCGGGGUCGAACAACACCACUACCAAUCGGAGUCGCACCCCAGCCGGAUCGCGACCCGGCAGUCGACUGCGCUACUACGAUGAGCCGGUGGAGGGGGUGAUCCACAUACCACUGCACACGCCGCCGGAGGAGCGCGAGGCUCGCACCCUGCUGCAGGGCAUCCAGCAGUUGACCCACGCCGCCCAGGCCAGCAUGGACCCCAGCCCACUGCCCACCCACCGAGCUGCGCCCACUGCCGUCGCGCCAGCCGGCACCCAGAUCAUCACGGCCACCCAGUUGGCGGCCGCAGCGGCUGCCCUGCGUCCGGUGGCCCAGCGGCGGGUGGCCCAGCGCCCGGAUCUGGAUGCCAUUCAAUCGCUGCCCAGCCAGGAGGAUCCACCCAUGGAACCGGGUGAGGGAAAUGCCACUGGCACUGGCACUGGCUCUGGCAAUGGGAAUGGGAAUGGUGAGCAAAUGAUGGCACAACAGGCUGAGCCGACGAACUGGAGCCUGGAGGUGCAGCGGCACAGUUCGCAGGACUCGCAGGAGACGACGGUCGAUUCGGUGGGCUCGGUGGUCAGUGCCCGGGCGGCCAAUCUGGCCCAGCAGCAGCGACUGCCGUCGGUGGAGAGCACGCAGAGUGCGUGCGAGCCGCGGCUGGUGCACACGGUGGCCACCGUCAAUGCCCAUCCCAAUCCGGACUUGGACUUGGCCGCCGCCGCCGCUGCGAAGGAGCGCCGACGUCUGCUGUUCGCCACUCGCUUGGGCUCCGGCAGCCAGGAGCAGCUCUUCUCCACCCAGUUCAGUAUUUCGAAGACCGAAAGCCAGUCCAGCCAGUUGUCCGAGCAGGUGGAGCAUUCCGGUUCGGAGACAACGGAUGGAUUGCAGCGCCAGGGCACCGUGAUUCGGAGAACGGAGAACUCCGGUGGCGCAGUACCACCACCGCCGCCGCCACGGGGCGUUUGCAGUUCGGAGGAGGAGCAGGGUGGUGGAGUCAUGGCCGGCACGGUGGUUAUGCGCUCCAAGCACAAAUCACGGCCCAGUUCGGAGGACGAGGCUGCUCCGGCAGAUCUGCGACACUCGCGUUACUUGGAGAAUUUCGAUGUGCGCCGCAAGCUGCACGAGAAUCUCACGGAGGCGGAGAUUUCACGAAAGGCCGAGUUGCCAGGUGGUCAGGUGACACCCAUUCCCAGGAAGCCAAAGCGACAGAGUGUCCCAGAAUCAAGACGUGAAACCACAAGCUAUAGUUCUGGUACUGCCACGCCCACCACGCCCACACCAACGCCAAUGGUUCAAACGGGUCAAUGUCAAACCAAACAGCCACCGAGCUCUGCCACCACUCCCACAAACACUGCAGCUCAAGCGUUCACUCCACCCGCUUCCACUUCCUACACGGGUGCUCCAGUCACCACCUCCAUCAAUGAGCCACUGGGCACUGCCUACAGCACUUCCUAUAAGGAUCCAUCGUUUAGGGAUCCGGCAACCACUGUCCAUCACGAUCCUCUGACCUCAAGAACUACGGAUCCCAUGCUCACCUCCCCGCCAGCCGAACGUCGCCAUUCGCAGUCAACGGAUGAGCACGAGCCCGUGGAGUCGUCGGAGAGUGAAAGGGAUUCGGAUAUGGCGGGCAGCUCGUCGGUGACCACGGCAGUGCCGGCGGGCGGAGAGGCGGGCCGGCGGCAUCACAACUUUCCGCGCAACGUGUGCGUGAUCGAGGAGCACGAGAGCACGGGCCUGGUGUCGCAGGAGUCCUUCGAGGACGAGCUGCCCUACAUACCCACCACGCUGCCCGAGGAGCGGGCCCAGGGUGUGCCCAUAAUACCCAUGCGGGAACGGGCCAAUAUGGAGCUGAAGACCUGUCCGGUGGACAGGCCACGGUCCACCACGCCGCUAAAUCCCUCGCAUCUCGAGGAGUACUGUACGGGGAUCAUGACGCCGCAGGAGGUUACUCCAGGUGGUGGUCAUCAGGAGCUCGAUGGUGCACUAGCCAUGGGCACUGGAGGUGUGGCAGUGGCCGGAACUGCCGCAGGAGCUCCUGUGCGUGGGGAAAAACUGAGGAUCAGUUUGCCGCGCAAGGAGUCUGUCGGCAAGGAGCGCAUCCAGAACUCCAAGUCGCCGCGUCGUGUGUCCAACACCAGUGGCAAGUCCUGGUUCGAGUUCGCCGAAGAGGGCUUGCGGGCCAAUAACAAUCUGGAGCGCAAGGACUCCGCCAAACAACUGCUACCCGUGGUCACACCACCAGCUCAAUCAGCUCCCACUUCAGCCAAUUUGGAGGAGCCCAAGCCAAAGGCCUCAACCCAACGAAAACUCUCGGGUCAUUGGAUCGAUUUCGAGAACAUACCCGAGAAGAGGAAACCGGCCAAGCGGAUCACCACCUUGCCCAAGGAGACGUUGACGAGCAGCGUGGUGGCCAUGGCCACCACCAGUUCCUCCUCCGCCUGUGGCAGUGGUCAUCGCUCCGGAUCUGCUUCUGCAACCGGCCACCAUCAUCAUCAUCACCACCAUCAUCAGCAUCAGCAGCAGCAGCAGCAGCAGCAGCAGCAGCAGCAUUCAACCAAAACGAGUCCGGAGGGAGGCGAUAAGUUGCACUACAACUAUGUGAAGCCGGAGGACUGCCAGUGCGAGUGUCACGAGGUGGAGCGUGGUGAAUCCUCGACAGCAACGGCCGGAGCAGGAGAGUCCAGCACGGAGACGGGCACUGGAACGGGCACAGGCACAGGCACAGGCACAGGCACGGGCACGGGCAGUGAGUCCCUGGCCUCCGUGGAGCUACUGCAGCAGGGCGAGGAUAUGUUGCCACUACUCGAUCCCGACACUUCCGCGGAGGGCAGAAUUUAUGGGGACGAAGAACAGGCGCCUCUAGUAGUACGUCACAGUGGCAAGGGUGUCUCCUCCAAUUCCAGGACCCAACACGAGGAGUUUCCACGCCGCGACAAUGGAUCUAGUCCUCGUAAUCGCAAGUUUCCCGACAGAAAGUAAACAGCUGGUGGCAAACUCAACAUCUCUUCUCGGUUCAAACUGGUUCGGGAUCGGUUCUUUAUAGAUCUUCAGGGUAGCUAAGCCGGUAAUCUAUCUCUAUCUGUGUAAGUCGAGUCACUAAACUAAGGGCCAGCGUGUCCUCCUGGCCUAUAUCCUUAAUGUACCUCAAGCAGAGUGGUUGUUAUACGUGCAAAAGCCGAGGAACAAUGAUGCGUAUUACCUUUCGACUCGAUUAGUUGACAAAACAAAAGAAUAACUCUAUAUGGAAUAUACAAAUACAAAACAAAAGCAAACAA